AUGACGAGGAACGUGCGCACCGACACUGGUCGCAGAACGGUAGCUUUUCUCGAGGACCCCUUUCGCUAUAGUCUCCGUCGCCGUGGCACAGGCGCGUGCUGGACCGAGCGGGUAUCUGCGGUGCAGUCAUUCUCGAGACGGAGUAAAGACGAGGACGAGAUGAAUGCCUUUAUCCUCUGCGCCGUCCGUUGGCUUUCGCAAUGCGAUAUUGCUAUCGCGCCUCUGGAGAUCAUCGACAUCAUUGUCGACAGUAUACCCGGGGUCUCUGACGCGGUAGAGCGGCGCAACAUUCACGGUUCCGGCGACUGA